GUGAUCAGGCGGUCCAAGGCAGACGAUCAAAGCGAGAGGUGUGUGCGCACGCGUAACUCACCGACUAGUUAAGCAGCGCGUUUCAUAUCUGGCGGAGACGCGCCGCUCGUUUGGCGCCUUUCCUGCCGCGUGCGUGCCGUUGUCCACUGUAGCGGGGCGGCGGUUCGGUGUUGGAUGCCGUCGCCGCGCCACACAUUUCGCCUACUUGGGGUUUGGCGUAUAUUUGAGUGUCUGCGAAACACGUUUGCGCAUUCAGUUGCGAAUUUAAUUUAAACCGAAGCGGUGCUCGUUGCCACUCACUGCUUUCAGUCGCUUUCGAUUGACUGUUUUCGAAUUUCAAUUUUGUACUUAACCAACUUUAUUUUGUUUUGUUUUGCAACGCCAUGCAAUUGAAUAAUAAAAUUUGAGUAGUUUGGAGUGGAAUUUGCGGUCGCAUAAAUUAUUUGUUUGAUGUCCAACAAAAACAAAACAACAACCAGCUGGUCGCCACCACACGCGGUGUAAUUUGCGGUAUCGUCGAGCUAAAACAAAUAAAUAAAUAGAGAAAAUAAACGAAAUGCAACAGAUUUAGAUGUGAAAAUCGACAUUUGAACGUUUUGGAGAGCGAAAACAGCUGCUCACGCCAAGCCAACAGCCCACCGGUUGCCGAUUUUCACCAUUUCUCGCUCAAGUGACGCGCAUAUUUGUAUACUUAUGAGGCCAGGCGACGGGUUUCGAUUGUAAAUAAAUACCGUUUAUAUCAGAAAGCGCUUAAAAGCUGAUUAACUGUAAAGUUGGAAUUUCGGCGACUUUUAUAUUUUUGUUGUGUGUGUGCUUAACUUGUGUUGCAGUUUUGUUGAAAAGUAAAUCGCGAAACUAUUAACUUUCUAACCAACUUCCAGCACGAACAUCAAAAGCCAGUAUCAACAUGUUUAAUCUGCGAAGCCAACUAGAUAAGAUCAUCAUCACAGCAAUGGAUCGUUUCGUGUGGUUCGUUCUGCUCGUCGUCAUGUCGCACUUGGUGACCGAGUUCACACGCGUCACCGGCUAUGCGCGCGGCAACCGCCACGAUGUGGUUCUGCUCAAUGAUACUUCCCUUCGGCCGAUGCCAGUGGCGAACAUGAUUUUUUACCCCGGCGAGGAGUACGGUCUCUACGACCAGCAGCUGUCGCAAUACAAUAACAUUUAUCCAAAUGGCAACUACAACAACAGAUACGGCAACAAUAACAACUACAACAACAAUCCCAACAAUCAACCAAACUCAGCGGUUAUGUCGGGACCAUCAGCCAAUGCGGAGCCCACCGCAUUAGGCUUUCCCUUCAGCUUUCGCCCGCUAAUUGACAGCAUCUUCGAGAUUCCGAUAUCCACUCUGCGUGCUGUCAACAAUCUGGUGGGGCGUUUAACCGGCAGCUAUCAACACCAGGUGCCAUCAAUGACCGCAGGCGUGCUCAAGUCCGCGAAUGACAACGCGAACCCGGACGCGCUGCAGGCUCUGCGCUCGCUGCCAGCCGGCGGUGGCGUUGAACGCCCAAGGACGGCGAAAACGGCACCAACAGUCUUCGGCUCUGCCGCGGCGCCACAAUCACAGCCAGACAGCAGUGGCAAUGAUAACAGCAACAAUAAGGGAAGCAAUCUUACCAUACGGCAGCGAAGGUCGUUGCUGCGUGAGGUGAACGCGUAAAUCGGUGCGCUCUCGGCUGCGCACAGCCACUUGCCCAAGCGAAGAAGAAAUGGGGGGAAGAAGCACAAUGACUGCCGCCAUGUAACGGAGACAGUAAGAACGCACGUCAAUUUCACGCCUGCCGAUAAGCACGUUCUUCCAAGCAGCACACGUGCUCCUCCCUCUCCCAUCCACGCACUUGAGCGACACUUCGGCUUAACUAGUUCAUUUGCACUUCCUUCCGUCCGCCGCCGACUCCGCGUCUCCAUCACAUUCAUUCAUUCACUUCAAUGUUCGCUCACUUGUUUGCUCGUGCUUUUGUCUCCGUGGAAGUUCGGUGUUACGUCAAGUGUUUGUUUGUGCUGUAGCUGCUCUUUGCGGCGGUUCGUUCGCGGCUCCUUCUCAAUUCGGUGUGCACACAUUUGCAUAAACUUGUUCUAAAGUUUGCAAUUAGUUGGCAGUUUUUACUUCGCACGUUGUUGCUGUUAUCGUGUAGCGUCUUUAAAAGUAGGAAAUUAAGCCAAGUGUAACGGUGCCCCCACCGCUGGCUCAUCAGCCGUUAAUUUUUCCUUCUUUCGCAUUUAUUUUUCAAAUUGCUGUACAUUCACUCGGCUCAAUUGCACUUUCACUUUCUAUUAGCCAUUUCUUUUUUAGCAGCCUUUCGCACAUUUCUUUUAAUUGUUGUAUUUGUCAUUCGAGUUAAUUGUUAAGCGCAGAGGCGCUCAAGCGUUGACUAUAUCCUUGUCUGCGCUUUGUAAAGCAAUUCUCAGUGUUUACUUUUACGUUUAUUUCUCCCAAGUCGAAGUGCUCUUUGGCAAUCUCUUGUUCUAAUUGUUGAUGUGAUAUUACUUUAGUGACACUUUAAGAUAAACAAUGUUAAUACUAGUUGUAAGUUAUAAUUAUUAAUGUCGAAAUAAAAUAUUAUGUAAAUUUCUGUACGAAAAUAAAAUAAAUAUACUAAAUGAA